UGAAUAGCACUAUUUAAAGAAGUAGAAGAAGCUAUUUUUGUGGACGAAGCUAAAAUAUAGGCGAAUUAUUUUUUCAGCAGCUAUAAGGAAAUAUAAAAUAAGUAUUUAUCAAAGAAAAUAAUUAUCUAAUACUCCGGCUAAACAAAUUGCUGAAAUGGACGGUGAAGAUGGUGUUACUAAAAGGGGUCGAGGACGUGGCCGGGGUGCUAGAGCCCGUGGCCGAGGUCGGGGACGCGGUCGUGGUAGAGGCAAAAAAGCCGCAGUAGUUGUGUCUAGUGAUGAGGAGGUAUCACUGGAUCAGUCAUUUGAUGGUAGUUCAGGUGUUGUUGUGGAGGACGGUGAUGUGUCGGCGGGAAGUGGAGCCAAUGUUUUGCUAGAAACAAGUGAAGAUGCGGUUAUGAAUGACUUGACAAAAGGAAAUGAAACGGCCGAAGUUCCAGCUAGUGUAAGCAGUAUAGGCACUACAAAUACAGAAACAACUAAUAAUGCGGUUACUACUCCGCAGCCAGAACAGCCUGCACCCGCUUUGCCGGUUCAGCCGACGAACAAUAUUGUACCACAAACAAUUGAUAUGGAAGCGGACAUAUCUCAGCUAGAGGCGCCAACAUUUACAACUAUUUGUAGAGGUCCUCCGGAACCAAUGCUUCGGCUUAAAUGGAAUCACAAAGUCAAUUUGAUUGGCGAAAAGGUUUUAAAUCCCAUGAUUCAUAUUUGUGAUCAAUGUGAUAAACCGAUUUUACACUACGGUCGUAUGAUCCCUUGCAAACAUGUUUUCUGUUUGAAAUGUGCCCGCACAGAACCGGUGAAAGUCUGUCCUCGUUGCAAUGAUAAGGUAGUACGUGUAGAGCAAUCGGGUCUUGGUACGGUAUUUAUGUGUACACACAGUGGUAGUCGCUAUGGAAAUACUGGUUGCAGAAGAACUUACUUAUCACAAAGAGACUUACAAGCUCAUAUAAAUCAUCGACAUGUUACUCAGCCACCUCCACCCCCACCACCGGCACCUAUACCGCCACCGGCCGAAAUCAAACCCGAUUCAGGCAUGCAACGAAAAUUAUCCGAAUCGUCCGUUACAGUAGCACCUAUACAAGCUCCCUCCACCUUGUUAACUCAACGCACCCCUUUACGGUCGACUAGUAAUAUUGGCUCAAUAGCACCUCCUGGUUCAUCAGUACUGCAAACAUCCACCACCCAUUCCUCUUUAACACAGGCUAAUUUGGCAAGGAUCAAUAAUGCCAAUGCUCAAGAUUGUCAUCAGGGCAAGGUGGCUUUGCAUCAAUCGCUCAAAAAGACUCCCCUUAGCCAGGGCCACCAUCAGCCUUCAGAAUCUGUUGCGGAUGCCUCGUAUUACAGCAGCGUUUUAAAUUCGUUUGGCAGUGCUGGGGGUGGUAACUCUUCCGGCAACAAUCCUCCUUACGAAGGUGGUACAUCGAAUCAAGCAGGAGGUCAAAGUUCUUGGCAGCAACAACAACAAUACUACAGAUGAGAAUUGCGGAAUAAUUUAUGGAAAUGUUUUUUAACUCGCUAACAAAAUGAUCUUUAUGAAAGAAGUCGUUUUUACUUUUAAGACAUUUUUUAUCAACAAUAUAUUUUCCGUUUUAUAACAGUUUCAAAAAAGAAAGUAUAAUUAUAAACUCAUGAAUGAAAAAUGAAUUGAAUAAACUUUAUCAAAAAGUAA